AUGUCCUCCGUGAAGAUUGCCAAUGUCGAGUCCCACAGGUAUGGGACAAUGUUGACGGCUCCCGGCCACAAUUUUGCCACGGGUGCACAGAUUCUUGUGGAAGGAGUGUCAGGGCUUGAGACGGAAACUUUCAUCGUAGAUGAUGUCGUCGGCAGCAAGUUCUCCAUUCGUCGCAAUAUCUGUGUCGACAUCGCCAGCAUGGACCCUGAGACGUCCAUCGUGCAAACCACAUGUCCUCACCGGAUUGGCAACACAGCUGCUUGCGUUGUACUCCAGGCCUUCGACACGGUCGCGCAAGUGCAUGUCAAGCAGAUUUACGAAAUCGGUGAGAUUGUGGAUGAUUGUUCACUGCGCUUGGGAUCCUGGUGUGAUGUUUCAAAGGUUGUACUUCCAGCCAGUCUUUCAGCAAACCUGGCCCGUGGCACAUUGAGCUGUGAACGCUGCAGUGUGGUGGUGGAGCGGUCAGGAUCUGCUGUCCCCGGUGUCGCGACCCUCGUAAACAGACCACACAGGUCAAAAGAUUCCUGCUUGCGGGAUUGGCGAGGUGGCUUGCGUGCGAGAGCGAUAGAUGUACCCGAAGCAACGCAGCCAGCAACGCAGCACCUGCGGGCAACCACACCAGACAUUUCCGUGCUGCGUGUGGGGCAAGCGGGAUGGAACCAGUGCAAUGGGAUCUUCCAUCGCAGCACCAUGGGGUUUCAAAAUGGUCCGCUUCUCUCCAUCGUCUAUAGCGAAGAACUGUCAAUGUGGUGUCUACUGGCAGAUGUUCUGCCCCUCCAUCCCUUGCUGUGUCAGCGACGAGCCCUAAACCUGCCCGACUGGGAUGGGCCGCAGCUCCUCUACGUGCGCCGAGAUCUGAGCCUUUUGGGGCGCUGGGAGCCUGUCGUGGGCCCAGCACCAGGGCCUUUGGUCCAGGUCUACAAGGAGACCAGGAUUGUCCAGGUGUCUUCUAACCAGCUGUCGCCCAUCGUAGAGCCCACUGUGGGAUCUUCGGUCCUGGACUUCCUGCUCAACUACACCGAAGCGGAUUGGCGCGGUGGUCUCUGCCAUGGGAGUGUCUGGGGUUUGAGUGCGCUAGAGGCCAUGUUGCUGGCUCUGGAGCUGUGGAGUCAGAUGCAUGCCUGCGCUGCGGUCUGCCGACCUUGGCAGGAAGCCCUGAAGCCACACAGGAGCCUGAAGCAGAUCUGCCGGCAUGCGCUGCAGCUGCCACUGGAGCUUGGCUCAAAUCUGCCGGUACCACCCAUCUUGUCGGCGGUCAUUGCCAUCGCCACUUUCACAUCCCUGUGGCGUGAGCAGCAUCUUGUAAUCCAGAAGUUUUCCCAGCCUGCCUUUAGGAGGUACGUUUGGCCUGCCCGGGUGUCGCGCAUUGAGCUGGCAAGUGAGCUGCCGUCGGAUGAAGAUGGCUCUUUGGAUGGACCAACAGCAGCGGUCCUUGACAGGUAUGCGGGCACUUUCUCGUCUCUGUUGCAGCAAGUACUGAAAGACCUUCCCCUGCCUUGGACGACUACCCCUAGGACAGCUGGAAUGGCCACGGAUGGCGAUGGGCACAGGUUUGCUUGCUGCGAUUUGCUGGAGGGCAUUGCAGAACAGGAAGGCCCCGUUGGAUUGUUGGGCAUGGACUCCGAGGGUGCGAUCGAGUUUUGGUCCGCAGAAGGUGUGAAGCUACUUCCCCAUUCAGACAGCAUGCUGCAGACUCUGGCUUCAAGUGGGCUCACGCUAGCCUCGCGCUCCCAUGGGUGGUUAUGCCAUGGUGUUGAGCCGCAGCCCCACCAGACUGAGCCUUCAUGUCUGUGUCCAAUCUGUGCAGGGGAUGGCAGAAGGUGCCUCGGGGCUUCACAGGUUGCAGGGGCGCAAAAGCUCGAGCUAUGCGAUCCAGCAGGCACCAAGAUUGAACUUCAAAUCGAGAUGACCUUACUGCCUUUCUUCGCGACUUCAAAGGACCCUUCGCUCGUACACAAAAUUCUGCCUUUUCUGCUGAUGUCAGUGGACAGUUCUCUCCAGCCUCUGCUACAACAGCUAGUUGGAGAGCUGGAGGCCCUGGCGUUACUGCAUCAGGGAUCUGCCGAAGCGAGGGACAGCGACGAUACGAGCAGCGAAGGCCAGGGCCAGGUUGCCUUGAGCGAAAGCCGGGAGUAUUUGUCACGCUACCCCAACACACUCCUCUUCACUUCGCACUCGGAGGACUUCAUGAACGGAGUCUGCACGAACAUCAUGCAGCUCACGCAGAAAGGUACGCUCGUGGUUUGGGGCGGCAACUAUGAUCAGUACCACAAGACUCGAACGGAAGUCGAGAAGAACCAACUCACGAAGUACAAGAAGGAGCAGGAUGACAUCAAGCAUCUCCAGGAGUUCAUCCGCUCGUGCGGUACCUAUGCCAACCUCCGCGUGCAGGCCGAGUCGAAGCAAAAAAUCAUCGACAAGAUGGUGGAGGCUGGCUUGACCGAGAAGCCCAUGCCGGAUCCUACCUACGAGUUCAGCUUUCCGGACUCGGAGAAAAUCUCCCCACCCGUCAUGGCCUUUGCUGGCGUAUCCUUCUCCUACUCGGGAAAGAAAGAGGACCACCUCUACGAGAAGCUGGAGCUCGGUGUGGACUUGGACUCACGUAUUGCGCUGGUCGGUCCCAACGGUGCAGGCAAGUCCACCUUGCUGAAGCUCAUGCUUCAGCAGAUCGAGCCCACUGAGGGCGAGGUGAAGCGCAGCGGCAAGUUGCGCAUCGGUCACUACAACCAGCACAGCGAGGCGGUCUUGGACCUCGAGGCCUCGCCAUUGCAGUUCCUGAAGGACCUCUACCCGGAGGGCAUCGUCACCACAGCGGGCAAGAAGAAGAUGGAAGAUCCUGAGUGGCGAGGCAAGCUGGGCUCCUUCGGCAUCACUGGUGACUUCCAGACCCGCAAAAUGAAGACCAUGUCGGACGGGUACAGGACGCGUAUGGUGAUGCUGCUGAUGGCGCUGGUGAAUCCGCAUGUCCUCCUCCUCGAUGAGCCGACGAAUCACUUGGACAUGCAGUGCAUCGAUGCUUUGGCAGGGGCUAUCAACAAGUUCUCUGGUGGUGUGGUUCUGGUGAGCCACGACUUCCGGCUGAUCUCCCAGGUGGCGAAAGAAAUCUGGGUAUGUGACAAGAAGACGGUGGCUAAGUGGGAGGGCGACAUCCAGUCGUACAAGAAGCACCUGAAGAAGGAGGUCAUGAAGAAGUUCAAGGCCUGA